ACCCUAAAGCGAAAACUCUGGCGUCGCGUUUGGAAUUGCGAGAAUUGAAAUCGAAAAGUUUGUGGAAAUCAAUUGGAAAUCAAAACACAACAAGAUGAAUCACCUCAAGUGGAUGGGGCACUCGUCCACGAUAAUGGAUAUACAGCGCUCGCUGCGCAACGACAGCGAGAACUGCGAAGUGGUUCUGGCCUCCAGGGACGGCGUCCGGGUGCGAGCCCACCUUUUCGUGCUUAGCACCUGCAGUGAGCUGAUGCGGAACCUUUUGGUCGAUGUGCCCCGUGGCCAGGAGGCCACCAUCAUGCUGCCCGACAUUCGCGGCGAUCUGCUUGAAAGUAUGCUUUCAUUCAUCUACAUGGGCGAGACCAGUCUGCCUUCCGCCUCGCUGUCCGAGUUCCUGGAGGCUAUCAACCUGUUGGGCAUCAAGUCGGCUAUCAGCUUUGAGUGCAAUCCCUCGGCCAGUCCGCCCAGUGCGGAUGUGGGAAGCGGUUCGAUGGCCGUUGAGACAGCUAAGUCGAUAACUGGCCUGCAAAUCGCCGAAGCCGAGCUACUGGAUGAGGAGGAGGAUGGUUCGGCACAGCCGGCCGAGACCGUGCCGACGACCGUUCUGGCAGAACCCCAGCACCAGCCCACUCACUCCAACCGGUCACUGGAGUACCUGGACGUGUACGAGCCGCCAAAGAUCACCUACUCUAUAGAGCACAUGGACGGCCAUUCGAGCGGAAACCAGUUCAUCCUAACCGAAAACACGGGCACCUUUACCAUCACACAGUCCGCCUCCAGCUUGACCAAGUUGGAAGCCGAUGAGACAGUCGCCAGUGGUACCGAAGUGGAGCUGGUAGACGACGACGCCGAGGCGGAAAUGGCGGAGGAUGACUCGGAGGAACAAGACAACCAGAUGAUCGAGGAAGACUUCGCGGCAUCAGAUCCACUCAUCGAGCUAGGCACUGCCGCAGAAAUGGAUGACGACGAGGACGUGCCGGUUGACAUGGCGGACGAGGAGAUCGAGGACGUAAAGCCCCGAAAGUUGCUCGAAGGCAAACCGCGGGUCCGCCGCCCGGUAAAUGCAAAACCCACAAAGCGAUCGCCAAGCAAACCAACGCGACUCCAGCAGUUUGUGGCACUUAAGCGGGAAAUCAAAGACGAUAUCAACGACGCUCUGGAUCUGGCGGCGGAGGCAGUGAUCGUCGAGGGGUUGAGCUUACAAAAGGCCGCGGACCGCUUUGAUAUCUCCAAAACCGUCUUGUGGCGUCGAGUGCGCACCAAUCCCGCCUACACACGCAACAACAGAGAACGACCAUCGCUGCUAGAGGCCUAUGAGCGCCUGAAGAACGGGGACUCGCUAAAGAGCAUCAGCACAGAAUUGCAGAUCCCCAUGUCUACGCUGCACCGGCAUAAGGUUCGUCUGUCGGCGCAGGGACGUCUGCCGGACUUCGUGGCCUGCCGCAAGCGAGACACCACACCCAAGGAUGAGUUGCGGGACAAACUGGCAAAGGCGGUGCACGCCUGCCUGAACGAGGGCAUGUCCCAAAACCACGCGGCCAACCUGUUCGAGAUCCCCAAGAGCACACUCUGGCGACACCUGCAGCGACGCUUAUCCAACCAGAACCGCAAGGUCAAAAAGGAGCUGCAGGACGAGUACGAGGACGAUCUCCUGAUCUAGAGAGACCAAGGUUCAGGUCUGAACGAUUUAGGAGUGGAGUUUUAAGUUAGCAUUAAGAAGCCAUUAGCUAAGCUUUUAAACUGUUUGUCCUCUCAUCGAUGUAAAUCAUUUCACCCUAGGUCUCAGCUUAGAUUCUUGAUUCCGCGACAGCGGAGGAGCGGGAAGAGAUGCUAUACUAGAGGUAGUUGCUUAGGCGUAGCUCUAUCUGUAGAUACCAUAUGCAUACGUAGUUUAAGGCAAUCCCUUUGUUCAUGUUCCCUCGUUCAUAACUAGGUGAUUAUGAAUAUAAAUAAAAAUUUAAACUUUUAUCUUAA